AUGACGACGACUGGCAUUGUUGUCGUGAGCGGUCGUCGCCUCUCAGACGCGUGUCGACACGCGGCACGCGUAAACGCAUCGACGCGUGUCCUUGCGUUUGUGUACGACAACAUAAACAUGUUCUUUCGUCUUGCGGAGCCCACUCUCGGUGACAAGUCUACGCUUCAGAAUGGGACGUGCGCUACCGCCUUUGAGCUUUUCGAUGCACAUCCUGAAGAGCUGCUAACAUCUGACUACAUCGCCUCCCUCGCCCGCGCACCAAACCUCACACGAAACGACAUCCUCAUGACGCGUACCGAAAACCUUGCUUUCGCGGACCUCCUCCAGCGCACCGUUCUCUCCAUCAUCAUCAACUACGGUGGUCCGGGCUUCUCACGGUUCCGCAAGCAAGUUGAAGAUAUGGCACCUGGCGCAUACGACCAAAGAAUCCCGCUUCAUCGCACUGAGAUCUUCCCUUUGCCGACGAUGAAAAUAGAUGAGUCCACCAUUAUCGGUAAUGCAGAGGUCACCGAGACGAUCUUCUCCGAAGUUGGCCUAGAGAUGGGUUCGGACGAUUUCCAGGAGUCGGUGAAACUCAUUGCUGGCGACCAGCUAUCAAUUGCCCGUCUACGCGCACUCACGAGAAAUCGUGCAGGCCAUGACACCUUCUCCAAUUCCUAUCUCUGGGUUGUCGUCAUCCCGGGUAUCUUCCACUACAAGAUGGCUGCAACCCACGGCUUCAUGGAGCUGUUCUAUGGCUCCGAUCCUAGUCCCCGCAACCCUGGUUCACUCGCCUUCCACAACAACGUUCUCGAUCGCACCCCGAUCACCAUUUCCUCCAUGCCGCCCUUCCGUGAGUCCCGCAAUCUCAUAUUCGUCUCACUGUAUGCGCGCGUCUUGCAUUGUCUCGAACUCGUCAGCCGCUGCGAAGAUCUCGCCGACUAUGCUGCCAAUGUCACCUUUGAGCAGCUGAAGUUCCAUGCUGGGGAGAUCGUCACGCAGUUCGCUGAUGGCAAACGUGUUGAUCGCAUGCGCACUGCCCGCGCCGCUGAGCUGCCACCCCACUUCUUUCACUCACUCACACCGUGGCAUCACGAACAGAGCGCUCCGCAGCAUCAAUCUGACACGGACAUCCCAAAUCCUUCGUCGCGUCAGCUCACCGAGGGUGAUAUGGUCUUCGAAAACGCCAUCCUUCUCUUCCGUGACGCGUUGAUCCUGCGCCUCCUCACGGAUACCGUCAAAUGUGGCGACUCAGGCCGGCUGGUCCUCGUGUUCAAGAUCCUUGCACUCUACUACCGCGGCUGCGGGCGCACGAAAUACGCGCAGGAGGUAUUGUUUGUCCUACACAACAUCAUACAUGUAUGGCCUGAGCCACUACGGAAAGUCGUUCUUCAAAAUUGGUUAGUGAAUCCGACAGGCAAGCCCAAUGCUUGGGUCGAGGUCGACCUGAUGCAGGAGCAUUUCAACUUCUGGAUCAAGACCAUAUACAAGGCACACGGCCCCGCAGCUUCAUGGGAGUGGCUAGCGAUGAUCUCCCCCUGCAUCGACAUUCUGCGCCGCCUCGCGACCGAGAUCAACACCACCCCGGGCGCGAAGCAGGGGACGAAGCACACCACACCCAACCUUGACAGGGACAUUGCCUAUCUGAUGGCGUCCCUUCGCCGCUACGAAGGUCAGGCGCCGUAUCUCUACCCUCCACCCGCUGGUGCAGCUCCCUAUCCGCACGCCCAUACGCCACCAUUCAAUGGUACGUUUCCGACGGGCUUUCCCGGCUUCCAGGGCCAUGGACAAUGUACGUGA